AUUAAUUUGGUAUAUUUAUUUUAAGUAUAUAAAUUAAAUAUUAAAAAUUCUAUUUAUGUAAAAAUAUUUUCAAAAAUUGAACAUUUGCAGUAUUUAACAAUCGUUAUCAAUAUUUAACAAUGCGAGCUAUAGUUCAAAAAGUUACCAGUGCUAGUGUAUCAGUUAAAAACAAGUUGAUAAGCUCAAUUGGAUGUGGUUUAUGCGUAUUUAUUGGAAUAUCUCGCAAUGAUACACAGAAAGAUAUUGAUUAUAUGAUUAAUAAGAUCUUAAAUCUUAAAAUAUUUGAUGAUGGUGAUUCAAGAUGGAAGAAAUCAGUCAAAGACAAAAAUUACGAAAUAUUAUGUGUUAGUCAGUUUACACUGCACAGCAUAUUGAAAGGUAACAAAUUAGAUUUCCAUCUUUCAAUGUCUUCAAGUUUGUCAAAAGACUUUUACAACACAUUUGUCAAGCAAUUGGGUAUAGCUUUUUGCCCAAAUAAUGUAAAAGAUGGUGUUUUUGGUGAAUAUAUGCAAGUUAAUAUACAAAAUGAUGGACCGGUUACAAUUCAGCUGGAUUCUCUGCCUUCUCUUCAGAAAACUGACGACAACAAUUGCAAUGAAGCUCAGUAGAAAAUUUAACCAAUUUUAAAUAUAGUUUUAUAAUAUCUCUCA